AUGGCUCCCCACGCAAGCUCGGAUGUUGCAAAUGGCACCGUGAACGGGUCGGCUCGCCCAGACGCCUCCCCUCUUUUCACUGUUCAGUCGCCCAACGUCGUCUACACCGACAAUGAGAUCAACAGUCAGUAUGCCUACCAGACCACCGAGAUCACCCGCACUGCGGACAACAAGUUGGUGGCCACUCCCAAGGCCAUCAACUACCACUUCAAGGUGGACCGCAAGGUCGGCAAGGUCGGUAUGAUGCUGGUCGGCUGGGGUGGAAACAACGGCUCCACUGUCACCGCCGGUAUCAUUGCCAACCGCCGUGGGCUCUCCUGGGAGACCCGCGAGGGCCAGCAGCAUGCCAACUACUACGGCUCCAUUAUUAUGAGCUCGACCGUCAAGCUCGGCACUGAUGCCAAGUCUGGCGAGGAGAUCAACAUCCCCUUCCGUGACCUGCUCCCCAUGGCCCAUCCCAAUGACCUGGUCAUCGGUGGUUGGGAUAUCAGCAGCCUGAACCUCGCGGCCUCCAUGGACCGUGCUCAGGUGCUGGAUCCUAGCCUCAAGACCCUUGUUCGCAAGGAGAUGGCGGAGAUGAAGCCCUUGCCCAGCAUCUACUACCCUGAUUUCAUCGCCGCCAACCAGGAGGACCGUGCCGACAACGUCCUCGAGGGUUCCAAGGCCUGCUGGGCCCACGUUGAGCAGAUCCAGAAGGACAUUCGCGACUUCAAGGCUCAGAACGAUCUGGACAAGGUCGUCGUCAUGUGGACCGCCAACACCGAGCGCUAUGCUGACAUCCUCCCCGGCGUGAACGACACUGCCGACAACCUGAUCAACUCGAUCAAGACCGGCCACGCCGAGGUUUCCCCGUCCACCGUGUUCGCUGUGGCCUCCAUCCUGGAGAACGCUCCCUUCAUCAAUGGCUCGCCCCAGAACACCUUCGUCCCCGGUGCUCUCCAGUUCGCCGAGCAGCGUGGUGCCUUUAUUGGCGGUGAUGAUUUCAAGUCUGGCCAGACCAAGAUGAAGUCCGCUCUGGUGGACUUCCUGAUCAACGCUGGUAUCAAGCUCACCUCCAUUGCCAGCUACAACCACCUGGGCAACAACGACGGCAAGAACCUGAGCUCGCAGAAGCAGUUCCGCUCUAAGGAGAUCUCCAAGUCCAAUGUUGUGGAUGACAUGGUUGCUGCCAACCACAUCCUGUACAAGAAGGACGAGCACCCGGACCACACUGUGGUGAUCAAAUACAUGCCUGCUGUGGGUGACAACAAGCGCGCUCUGGACGAGUACUACGCCGAGAUCUUCAUGGGUGGCCACCAGACCAUCAGCUUGUUCAACAUCUGCGAGGACUCCCUGCUGGCUUCCCCUCUGAUCAUUGAUCUGGUUGUGCUUGCUGAGAUGAUGACCCGUGUCAGCUGGAAGGCUGAUAGCGAGGGUGCCGAGUUCAAGGGCUUCCACAGCGUGCUGAGCGUGCUCAGCUACAUGCUCAAGGCCCCCCUGACUCCUCCCGGCACCCCGGUUGUCAACGCCCUGGGCAAGCAGCGCUCUGCGCUGAUCAACAUCUUCCGUGCCUGCGUUGGUCUCCAGCCCGAGUCGGAGAUGACUCUUGAGCACAAGCUGCUGUAA